UUCCUUCCUGAUCUAAAAGUGAGAAGUCUUACUGUAAUCAUGCUAUGUGCAGGAGAUUUCUUCAGCAAGACUUUGAUAGUACCCUUGCUUUCUGUAAUCAUGGGGAAACAACGAUGUGAGGUAUAUUCUCCCUGACAUGAUCCUUUGCUAGUUUUUAGGAGCCUUUAAAGAUCUUAUUCCUUCUUUGUUUUUGUUCGUCUAUUUCGCUUUUAUGCUUCUUAAAUCUUCCCUUUUUUUUUAUGUUGAUUUUUUCACCCUUGGUUACACUUCUUCCUUUACAAUAUUGGCCUUACCUUCAGCGAUGGCUGGUAAAGCAGACAGAUAGUUGGAUCUAGGUCUUUAUAUGGUAGAAUUGAAAUGGAUUUAAUUAAUUGCACUAGCCUUUUCUUUUACAACAGUAUGGUCAUCACACCAUAUGUUUGGUAUAGUGCUUUUGAAUAAAUGUGAUCUCAAAGCUUGCAGAUUGUGUUUUCUCUGCUCUGUAGCAUCUGUCCCUCCUUAAGGAGUGAACACAAAUAGCCCUAUGGGACAAUCCCAGUACUUGUUCGGUUUUGAUUCCACGCUGUUGGCAGAGAACUUAUUUCCACCUUGUCAAUAAGUGUCUUGCAAUGUUAUGCUUCAGGAGGGAUCGCUGCCAAUCACGUCAAGGGACAAAUAUCAGCUGCUGGGAGCAGUAGCCGGCAGCCUCGCAAGCAGUUCCUAGAACCGACUAGUUUAAGUGAUUCAAAAAGCACUGAAACAUCUGCCAACAUGUCUUUUGAUGAAUUUGGUGGUGUUGAUUCUGCUUCUAUGCCAUCCACUUCAAGAAUACCGGAGGUAUUGGAUUUUCCCCGACAUCCAUCAGCAGCAUCAUCAACACUAGUAGAGUUAACAACCCGGCUUGACUUUUUCAAGGAGCGGCGAUCUCAACUGAUGGAGCAGCUUCACAACCUGGAUUUGAAUUAUGGGGUGGCGAACUCCCAAGACUAUUUGUACAGACCAUCUUCGCCGUCAUGGAGCUCACUGUCCACAUGUUCACAACCUGGUGUUUAUAAUUUGUACAUCCUUUUACUGAUUGCAUAUACUUCUCCUGUAAUUUUUUUGUGCUCUACUCAAAUGAUCUCUGCAUUUGCUCUUUCUUUGAUUUAGAGAGUUUUGUGUUCUUUAGUUUUUGGCCGUGGAAUCGCAGAUAAGGAUAGUAUCUCUUUCUUUUCUCCCCUUCAAUUUCUUCUGAUUCUAAAAUAUGUAGAAUGGUAGCUUGUAUUGUAUGUAUAUCAUUGUUUUGUAUCAAAGUAUGGAAAAAUGACUCAAAAAAAGAGGGAAAAAAAUAGACCUUGAGCGAUGUAUCUAGUAUUUUAGUAAGUAUUGUAGAAUGGUUCUCUUACAAUUUGUUGUAUGCAACUCUUCAUUGUGUGGUCC